UGUGACAUUUAAAGUUAAACUGAAAACAAAUAUUAUUUUAAUAAGUUAUUGCUUCAAAUUUAUGAAACACAUUAUUAAAUAAAAUAAAUAAUAUAUUUUUGUACUAGAUAUUAAUAAAAACAGUGCAAACUAUGUAAAAUUUACAACUUCUGUACUUAGAGGUUUUUAAAAGUACCAAAAUCAAACCUGGACUUACAGUUAAUAAAAAUAAUUAAUGUUUUAAGAUAUUCAAUUUCCAAUUUAUUAAAAAUGAGCAAGCAGGGUGUUCAAAAUGGAAAAGAGACUGCAACAGAUAAACCAAAGAAGCAUUGGUCCUUGGGAUUGUUGAAAUCCAUGAAAGAUCCUAAGAGUAUUUAUAAGGAAACCAAAAAAGUUGUUGUUAUAAAAGAUAAGUAUCCAAAAGCAAAAGUACAUUAUCUCGUUCUCCCUCGCGAUGAAAUCAGUAGUAUUUAUAAACUUAAUAAGGACCAUGUAGAUCUAUUAGAAGAAUUUGGCAAGAUAUUUGAAGAAAUCCAAACAGACCAUAGUAACUUGAUGCUUUGUAGUGGUUUUCAUGCAGUGCCCAGUAUGCAAAGAUUACAUAUGCAUAUAAUUAGCAAAGAUAUGAUUUCAUCAUGUCUGAAAACAAAAAUUCAUUGGAACAGUUUCACUACCAAAUUCUUUUUACCAUACAGAGAUGUAUUCAAGAAGCUAAAAGAAGAUGGAUACAUUGACAAAAUAUCACCAGAAGCACACAAAAAGUUUAUGUCCACACCACUAAAAUGCAACCAAUGUGAUUUUGAACCAAAAAAUAUGCCCCAAUUAAAACAACAUUUGCUGACCCAUUGUGAUGAAUAAUUUGAUAAAUAAAUAAUAAAUUAUGUUUAUGA